AUGGUGUGUCAUAGUAAUUUAGUGGUUGCGCAAUCACCGGUUAUCCUUCUUCAAUCACAUUAUCCUCCCUUCUCCAGGAGAAUGCCAACCAAAGCAAUGCCGGAUUGCUGUUCUACUCACCCUAUAUUGGCUAAGUCAGGAGUUAAACAAGUAAUAUUAGGUCUUGCAGCUUCAGUAGUCUCUCUCUCCCAGACAAAUCUGGCUAUUGCAACAAAUCUUUCUCACAACAAUAUAUGCCACCUGGCAAGUGCUACUGACAACGUGCGAAGUCUUCCUUUUGACGAGACGAAUAAUGGGGGAAGUGGAAUGAUGAUGAUGAUGAUGAGAGGUAUGACAGCUAAGAACUUCGACCCAGUUAGAUACGCUGGAAGAUGGUUCGAAGUAGCUUCACUUAAACGUGGAUUUGCUGGACAAGGUCAGGAAGAUUGCCACUGCACCCAGGGCAUAUAUACAUUUGAUCUGGAUACACCUGCCAUCCAGGUUGAUACUUUUUGUGUUCACGGAGGACCUGAUGGCUAUAUUACAGGUAUAAGAGGAAAGGUUCAAUGCCUCUCUGAGGCCGAUAAGGAGAAAAAUGAAACCGACUUAGAGAAGCAGGAGAUGAUUAAGGAGAAGUGCUACCUUCGAUUUCCUACAUUACCAUUCAUUCCCAAGGAACCAUAUGAUGUGAUUGCAACUGAUUAUGACAAUUACGCCCUUGUUUCUGGAGCUAAGGACAAAAGCUUUAUACAGAUAUAUUCAAGGACGCCCAACCCGGGACCAGAAUUCAUCGAGAAGUACAAAUCUUAUCUGGCGAACUUUGGGUAUGAUCCUAGCAAGAUCAAGGACACUCCACAAGACUGUGAGGUUAUGUCUAGUAGUCAACUUGAAGCAAUGAUGUCUAUGUCUGCUAUGCAAAAAGCUCUAACCAACCAAUUUCCUGAUCUAGAACUAAAGGCUCCUGUUGCACUAAAUCCAGUUACUAGUGUUUUUGACACUCUGAAGAAGCUUGUUGAGCUUUAUUUUAAGCAGUUGUUCUGA